ACGGGAGAAUCGACUCAUUUAGGGAUCGACUCCCAGGACUGGCGCGCGUGCGUGCGCGCUCUCGCGCUCAUAUCGCCUUGACGGAAGGAGCGAAAGUUUCCACAUAAACACUCCUGCUGCUUUUUUUUCGGCGACGUUUCCGAUUCGACAUGUUUGUUGUUAAGCCACUUGGACGACGCGAACGACUGCAACGAGCCCGUAAAUGCGACUAGAAAGCUCGUGUGUGUGUGUGAGUGCGUGGGAAGCUGCAGCGUUAAACGGCGGAUUUUGACGACGCCGAUGCGGACUUGCCCCGGUGUUUAUUAGCUCAGCUAGCCUGCGACUUAACUUCUUUUCGUGGACGUCAAUAGUGGAUUUUCAGGACCGGGAGGAGGAAGGGCACGGCGACACUUUGCGAAUUUAAAAACAAACAAAAAAUCGACGUUUUAAAUUAUAUACAUAUAUAUUUUUAAUAACCAGUGUGGGAAACAUGAGCGGCAAACGGGAGCUCGAUAGUAUCAGUAAUACCGGAGAUGUGACUCGACAUGAGCGGCGCCUCGAGCUCCAGGCGCGCUGCGACGCAAUCUGAGGGAUUAGCCACAGUGCUAACGGUUUCGUACACCGCGUACACAGGCCUGGAUAAACAAACAGCGCUUCAUUUUCACCAAUUCUCUCACACACACUCAUGCCCUUUACAGUCCACAAUUUACGUAAAAAAUCGGCGUUAAUUUUCCUCACUUAGCCUAGCAUUACGCAGUCCAGCCGUCACAUUACCGAGCCGCAGACUCUAAUGGGACCUGAGAAGUUUUUUUGAGACGCGUUUUUUUUUCCUUCUUCACGGUUUGGACAUAAAGACGGUUUUAUUCUAUUCAGGCGCUGACACGGACACAACUUGGACAAAAACAUGUCGGAAAACGCACCUACACGGAGUCUGGAUGAGAUCGACCUGGCGGCUCUGAGGGAUCCAGCAGGAAUCUUUGAGCUGGUGGAGGUCGUGGGCAACGGUACCUACGGGCAGGUGUACAAGGGGCGCCAUGUGAAGACGGGACAGCUGGCCGCUAUAAAGGUGAUGGACGUCACCGAGGAGGAAGAGGAGGAGAUCAAGGCCGAGAUCAACAUGCUGAAGAAGUACAGUCACCACCGCAACAUCGCCACGUACUACGGCGCCUUCGUCAAGAAGAGUCCACCCGGCCACGACGACCAGCUCUGGCUGGUGAUGGAGUUCUGUGGUGCCGGCUCGGUCACGGACCUGGUGAAGAACACUAAAGGGAACUCGCUGAAGGAGGACUGGAUCGCGUAUAUCUGCCGAGAGAUUCUGCGAGGCCUGUCGCACCUUCACGCACAUAAGGUCAUCCACAGAGACAUCAAAGGCCAGAAUGUUCUUCUGACUGAGAACGCAGAGGUCAAGCUCGUUGAUUUUGGUGUGAGCGCUCAGUUGGACCGGACUGUAGGCAGGAGGAACACCUUCAUCGGCACUCCCUACUGGAUGGCACCCGAGGUCAUCGCCUGUGACGAGAACCCUGACUCCACCUACGACUACAGGAGUGACAUCUGGUCUCUGGGAAUCACAGCGAUCGAGAUGGCGGAGGGGGCGCCUCCAUUGUGUGAUAUGCAUCCCAUGAGAGCGCUCUUCCUCAUCCCACGGAACCCUCCUCCGAAACUGAAGUCCAAGAAAUGGUCCAAAAAGUUCAUCGACUUUAUCGAGGGCUGCCUGGUGAAGACGUACCCGAGCCGCCCGUCCACCGAGCAGCUGCUGAAGCACUCGUUCAUCCGAGACCAGCCGACCGAGCGCCAGGUCCGCAUCCAGCUCAAAGACCACAUCGACCGCACGCGCAAGAAACGUGGCGAAAAAGAGGAGACGGAGUACGAGUACAGCGGCAGUGAUGAAGAAGAUGAGAACAGAGGUGAUGAGAGAGAGUCCAGCUCCAUCCUGAACGUGCCGGGCGAGUCGACUCUGAGGCGGGACUUCCUGCGGCUGCAGCAGGAGAAUAAGGAGCGCUCGGAGGCGCUGAAGAGGCAGCAGGCCCAACUGGCAGCGCAGUGCCGCGACCCUGAGGAGCACAAGCGCCAACUCCUCCAUGACCGCCAGAAACGUAUCGAGGAGCAGAAGGAGCAGCGGCGAAGGCUCGAGGAGCAACAGAGGAAGGAGCGCGAGAUGGUGAGGCAGCAGGAGAAGGCUCCUCACCGGAGACUCGACGAUAUGAGGCGGGAGGAGGACCGCAGGAUGGCAGAGAGAGAGCAGGAGUUUAUAAGGCAUAAGCUGGAGGAAGAGCAGAGACAGUUAGAAAUCCUUCAGCAGCAGCUUCUCCAGGAGCAGGCCUUGCUCAUGGAGUACAAGAGGAAGCAGCUGGAGGAGCAGAGGCAGUCGGAGAGGCUACAGCGGCAGCUGCAGCAGGAGCAUGCUUACCUCGUCUCCCUGCAACAACAGCAACAGCAGCAGCAGCAACAGGAGAAGAAACCGCUUUAUCAUUACAGCAAGAACCUGGAUAACAAUAAGCCUGCCUGGGCCAGAGAGGUGGAGGAGCGGAGUAAACUAAACCGACAGGGCUCCCCUAAAAUCUGCACCACUGUCUCCGAUACCAACAUCCAGUCCCGCUCCGACUCAGUCAGCCAAUCGGGAGGCGUGCAGGCCGCGCAGACCCCGCCCAUGCAGAGACCUGUCGAACCCCAAGGUGGCCAGGGCAAGGACCCCUCCCCCACCCCGACGCCCCGCCCGCUGCACUCCCGCGAGCUCGUUCGUCAGAACUCGGACCCCACGUCUGAGAGCCCCGCCCCUCAGCAGCGCCCGACGAGGGACGACCAUGGCCCGUGGAUCCGCCUCCCCGAGAUCGAACAGCCUCCGAAGAUUCCUCAGAGAACCGCUUCGAUAGCUACCGCUCUGAACACUAACCUGUCCUCUGGCAUCAGACACCCAGUACGAGCCAGCAAUCCAGAUCUGAGUCGCAAUGACCGCUGGGAACGAGGAGACAGCACGAGCCUCAUGUCCAACCUGCCUCAGACCGGCUCUCUCGAGAGACACCGCAUCCUCAGUUCGUCUAAAAUGGACUCGUCUCCCGUCCUCUCUCGCGAUGGACGACACAAACCUGGAGAAUCCCGCACCUCUUCCAGACCUAGCAGACCAGCGGACCACGGGCUGUACUCAAAGGAGCGCGCCGAGGAGCAGCCCCGUCCUCCGGUGAAGGCCAACGACUACUCGUCGUCCUCAGAGAGCAGCGAGAGCAGCGAGGAGAGCGAGAACGGAGAGGGACAUGAAGAGGAGAGUCCCACUGACCGCCCGCGAGACCCGGACUCGGACUCCGUGAACACCAUGGUGGUCCACGAGGAAGAGGAAGGUGAGGGAGGAGACGAAGAGCGGGCUGGAGGUUACGGUGAUCAGACCAUGCUCGUUCAGAGGACUCCAGAGAAGCGUAAUCAUAACGGAUACACCAACUUGCCUGAUGUGGUUCAGCCGUCCCACUCCCCCACUGACUCCGCCUCCCACUCCUCUCCCGGCAAAGACUCCACCUAUGACUAUCAGUCCAGAGGUUUGGUCAAGGCUUCUGGGAAAUCCUCCUUCACUACCUUCGUGGAUCUCGGAAUGUACCAGCCGUCGGGGGGGACAGGGGAGCCCGUGUCAGUGGGAGGUCUGAGUUCUCGGUUUGACCAGCUGAAGUUGGAGGUGCGAAAAGGCUCCAUGGUCAACGUGAACCCCACAAACACUCGCCCCGUCAGUGACACGCCCGAAAUCCGCAAAUACAAGAAGAGGUUUAACUCCGAGAUUCUCUGUGCUGCGCUCUGGGGUGUAAACCUGCUGGUCGGAACCGAGAACGGACUGAAGCUGUUGGACCGCAGUGGGCAGGGCAAAGUGUACCCUCUCAUCAAUUCCCGCAGGUUCCAGCAGAUGGACGUGCUCGAGGGACUUAACCUGCUCAUCACCAUAUCAGGGAAAAAGAAUAAGGUGCGGGUGUAUUACCUGGCCUGGCUGAGGAAUAAGAUCCUCCAUAAUGACCCCGAGGUGGAGAAGAAGCAGGGCUGGACCACUGUAGGGGAAAUGGAGGGCUGUGUGCACUACAAAGUGGUGAAGUACGAGCGAAUUAAGUUCUUGGUAAUCGCUCUGAAGAAUGCGGUGGAGGUGUAUGCCUGGGCCCCCAAACCCUACCACAAAUUCAUGGCCUUCAAGUCGUUUACUGACCUGCCUCACAGACCUCAGCUGGUUGACCUGACUGUGGAAGAAGGCCAGAGGUUAAAGGUUAUCUACGGCUCCAGCGCCGGCUUCCACGCCAUCGACGUCGAUUCCGGAAACAACUACGACAUCUACGUUCCCGUCCACAUCCAGUCUCAGGUGACUCCACACGCCAUCGUCUUCCUGCCCAGCUCUGAUGGAAUGGAGAUGCUGCUGUGUUACGAGGAUGAGGGAGUGUACGUCAACACCUACGGCCGCAUCAUUAAAGACGUGGUGCUGCAGUGGGGAGAGAUGCCCACCUCUGUCGCUCAUAUCUGUUCCAAUCAGAUCAUGGGCUGGGGCGAGAAGGCUAUAGAGAUCCGCUCGGUGGAGACGGGUCACCUGGACGGGGUGUUCAUGCACAAGAGAGCUCAGAGACUCAAGUUUCUGUGCGAGAGGAACGACAAGGUGUUCUUUGCGUCGGUGAGGUCUGGAGGAAGCAGUCAGGUCUACUUCAUGACCCUGAACAGAAACUGCAUAAUGAAUUGGUGAUAAUGAUGGAGCAGCCAUAUGAUCACUGUUCCCUCCACUCUUUCUCUCUGUCUCUCUCUUGCACUAUAU